AUGAAAUACGGAGGUCAGAUGGCUCUGGGACUGAGUCAACCAACUCCAAUCCCCGGUUACAAUCCUAUGGUCUUCCUACCCACGCUCAACUUCACCAUCAAUCAGGUGGCUGCUGUUUGCGAAACGCUAGAAGACAGCGGUGACAUCGAGCGACUCGGACGAUUCCUGUGGUCGCUGCCUGUGGCCCAUCCGAACUGUGCAGAACUGAACAAGAACGAAUCAGUCCUGAGAGCUCGCGCCCUGGUCGCCUUUCAUACCGGUAAUUUUAGAGAACUUUAUGGAAUUCUGGAGAACCACCGAUUCACCAAGGUUUCCCAUUCCAAACUGCAAGCCAUGUGGCUGGAGGCCCACUAUCAAGAAGCUGAGAAGCUAAGGGGCAGGCCACUGGGUCCCGUCGACAAGUAUAGGGUGAGGAAGAAGUAUCCUUUGCCUAGAACGAUUUGGGAUGGCGAGCAAAAGACCCACUGCUUCAAGGAGCGGACUCGCAGCCUGCUCAGAGAGUGGUAUCUUCAGGACCCGUACCCAAACCCAACCAAGAAGCGAGAGCUGGCACAGGCGACCGGACUCACUCCUACCCAGGUCGGCAACUGGUUCAAGAACAGGCGGCAAAGAGAUCGAGCAGCAGCGGCUAAGAACAGAUUGCUUCAGCAACAGAUGCAACAGCAGCAGAUGUCGCAUCAUUCGGGCGCCUCCUCGCAGCGAGGAGCCCCCACCUCUCACCACGGGGCCCAGCGGGAGGGCCCCCUCCACAGACUCUCCUCCUCAUCCUCGGACCACCCCCGGGGCCCCGGAGAAACCACAGACGACGGCGAGAAUACCAACGGCAGCUUCGACGAGGGCUCCUUCGAUGACGUCUGCUGCAGCUCACCCGGAUCCCCGCGAUGCCUGAGUCCGGCACCCGUAUCCACCACCUCGGACUCCAGCCGGACUCCGUCCCCGAGGCACCACCACAGCCACCACACCUCAUCCCACCAUAACCACCACCAAGAACAACGUCAAAGUCUCAAUUUGAGUCAACAUAGCUACAGACAAGAUCCUUUGGCAUCAAUUUUGCACAGGGACAGGCAUCAGAGGGCUUGAUUUGAACUUUCAAAAUUAGACUUUUGCUCUAUCGAAUUGAUCAAGAAGUAAGCGAAUAAAUAAAAAUAAAAUAAAUCCAGAUCUAUCGUGUCGUAUGUGAAAGCAAAAAGGACAAAAAAAGCUUCUUAAAGAAUUAUGCUGAAUCAUUUUCUUUUGCACAUGCAAAAGCAAAGCAUGGUUUAAUUUCCUCUAAAUUUAGGAAGUAACUUAUUCCUAAAAUAUAUCUGAAUUUUAAUGUUUAACAGUAGAUUGGAGGUUAAUUUAAAUGUGCUAUACAUUAAUUAUUUUUUUUCAAUCUAAUUUGCUUAUUUUCGGUAGAAAAAACUCGCAUUGCUCUUUUGAAUUUAUGUAAUAGUUUUUUUUUCCUUACGCUUUUGUAAAUCAUUUAUAAACCCAUAACAUUUAAUUUAAGUUAAAAACAAAAUACAACCCCCAGAUUUUACACUUCUAUUGAGCAGAUAGGUGCUUGUGCUUAAUAUUACAGCGCUCAAAAAAAAAAAAAAAAAAAAAAAAAAACUUUAUAGCUAAGCAUUACAAGUUCUCUCUAGUUUGUAAAAUCGAUACUUGUGCUUAAUAUUGCAGCGCUAAAAAAAACAAUACUUUAUUGCUAAGCAUUACCAGUUUACUAAUUGAAAAGUAAAAUACAUUUCAAGAUAGUACCAUGAUUUAUAUAUAUAUAUUAUUAUUUUAAUUUUUUUAAGGCAAGUCCAAAAUGACGCAUAUUAAGAAAUAUAUUCAAAGAAUUUGAAUGCUGGAGUGUCGUUGUCAGUUAGUGAUAAGAUGAACUUAUAGGAGCUAUUUGGUCUUUCCAAGUAUAUGAAAUUAUCUGUGCAAUUAAUUCAUGGUAUGUCGUCAGUAUUGUUUAUAUAUUUUUGCUUGUAUGAGAGGAGAUUUAAAAUAUGCAAUAAUCUUACGCCUUUCUUUUUGAUUACGUCAAAUUCAAACAGUUAUAACUGCAUCAAUUUCCUUUUUGUUUCCAUGUUUAGUAGAAAUUUUUUUUUUUGAAGAGAAUAUUAAGACAGAUAAAGGUUUUAUGAAGCACUGUAACUUUACCUAAAUCGUAGCAAAUCACAAUGUAAACUUCAUUCUCUUUGCUGUUUGAAUUUUGUUAAGAAUACUCUAAAAGAUUUUUUUUUUAAAUUUCAUGGAAAUAAAUUUUGUAAUUCUAAUUGAAAAGUUUCCUGUGAAAUAUUCCCGAAUACUUUCAAUUAAUGUUUCAGUCGCUAUAUUUAGGUCUUUAAAAUAUUAUUAUGUUUUGUUUUUAUCAAUGUAAAAAAAGAAAAAAAUCGGCAAUGAAAUUGUGCAAUCGUAAUGUCCUGAGAACGCUCCCUCACCCUCGUUUUUUACCACUUUCCGAACAUAAUAUUUAUUAUAGUAAAGAAAAUAAAAUUAUAACAAACAAAAGUUGAAAAAAUGGUUACUAAACAUUUUGAAUUUCUGUAAUCUGUAGCUGCUAUUCAAAUCCAUAAUUUUUACUUCGGAUGUAAACCAUAUCCUAAGACGUGCAAAACAAAGAGAAAGACGUUUUUCUGGAAUGAAAGAACUUGGAGGAUGAUGUUAACUUUCAACAUUACAUUGACUGACGUGUUUGAAAGCAUAUUGAUGUAAAAUGUACAAAAUUCUGAACUUGUUGCGAUUGCUUGAUUCUGUGUAUGAAAGGCUCUUCUUGUUAUGUACAUAUAUAUAUCUUAGUUUAUAUGUAAAAUAUGAUGAUUUAUGGUUGUCAUGUUUUGGAUGGAUUGAUGGAAUAAA